GGCAGGCGAACCUGUUCGGGUCAAAUGUGCCUUGUUCUAUAGUUACAUCAGAACCAACUACACUAUGGCCACCAACGCCAAGCUGCGCCUCAUCUGGUACAAGAACAAAGGAGAUGCAGAGGAGCCAAUCAUUUUCUCAGGCCACAGGCUGAGUAAAGAAGACGACUCCAUCUGGUUCAGAUCUGCUGAAAUGGAAGACAAUGGAUACUACACCUGUGUACUGAGGAACUCAACAUACUGCAUGAAAGUGUCCAUGUCCAUGACGGUGGAGGAGAGUGAUGAGGGCAAAUGCUUCAGCAGCAAAAUCCGCCAUCUGGAGAAAGCUGAGAUAACUCACAGCAAAAUGAUCAUGUGUCCUGAUAUAGAAGACUAUAUGGCUCCAUACAAACAGCCACAGAUGACCUGGUAUAAGGAGUGUGAGCGCGUUGAAUGGAGAAGUUCCAUCAUGGUGAACACCACACAUCUCUGGAUACCUGAGGUGGAGGAGGGCGACGGAGGAAACUACACCUGUGAGUUGCAGUAUGGAUCGAGAGUGGUGCGGCGGACUACCCAGCUCAAAGUGACAGCACUCCAAACCACUCAGCCUCCCAAGGUCCUUUUCCCCCCAGAGAGGCAAGACACGGUAAUAGAAAUCACACCUGGUAUGCCCCUCAGUUUGGACUGCAAGGCUUUCUUUGGCUAUAGUGGGGAAAACAGAAGGCCCAUCAUCUACUGGAUGAAAGGGGAGAAGUUUGUUGAAGAACUAGCAGGACACAUUAAAGAAAGUGAAGUCAGGAUCUUGAGGGAGCAUUUGGGGGAGAAGGAAGUGCAGCUAUCCUUAACGUUUGAUGCAGUGGAGGAGACAGACCUGGCCAACUACACCUGUUAUGUGGAGAACCAUAUAGGGAGGCGCAGUGGGAGUGCUAUACUACAGAAGAAAGACAUGUAUCGCCUGGAGCUGGCUGGUGGUCUCGGCGUCAUAUUGCUGCUGCUGGGCAUCCUGACGGCACUUUAUAAAUGCUACAACCUGGAGAUCAUGCUCUGCUACAGGAGACACUUUGGAAGUGAUGAAACUGAGGAUGAUAAUAAGGAAUAUGACGCCUACCUGUCCUACACUAAAGUGGACCUGGACUCUCUGGGCAGGUCGAGCAGCGAUGAGGAAACGUUAGCUUUGGAGAUCCUGCCAGAUGUUCUGGAGAAACAUUAUGGCUACAAGCUGUUUCUACCAGACAGAGAUCUAAUACCCAGCAGUACCUAUAUCGAGGACUUGGCUCGCAGCGUUGAGCAGAGCAGACGUCUCAUCAUCGUUUUGACUCCCGAGUUUGUCGCCAAAAGAGGGUGGAGUAUCUUCCAGAUAGAGACACGCCUCCAUUCUAUGCUGGUUACUGGUGAAAUCAAGGUGAUCAUGAUAGAGUGUGCCGACCUGAAGAAUGUCAUCAACUACCAGGAGGUUGAGGCACUUAAACACACAAUCAAGGUUUUAUCCAUCAUCAAGUGGAGGGGACCUAAAAGCAAUGAGCUCUCCUCGAAGUUUUGGAAACAGGUGGUCUACGAAAUGCCUGCUAAACGCAGAGAGACACUCUCCAGACGCCAGGUGAUGGAUUCUGGGGAACAGGGCCUCUUUGGUGACCUACAGACCACUGUCUCCACAAUUGCCAUGACAACCACCUCUGCCUCUCUGGUGCCACCCAACGACAGUCGCCAUGGACAUCAUCAGGUUUCCUUAGCGACAGAGAUUCCGGACUACAACCAGAUGACCUUGCCACUGGGCGGAGGUCAAAUGAGGCAUUUCUGCCGCAGUUACGAGUUCCAGCUUCCCCCACAGCCUUCACCACCUCUCCCACCUCCUCCCACCAUGCAGUUCUCCACUCUGGGACCUGGGGGGCGCCACGUCUACUGCAACAUCCCUAUGACACUGCUGAAUGGACAGGGGUUCAGAGCAGCUCACUGGGGAACAAGAGGUCUGUUUGGAUAACAAAAAAUGUAGAAAGGAAAUGUUCACUUUUAUAUGAUUCAACCUCAAAUGUUUGUUUAUUCUAACAGACUGGGAGAUAGUUGUCAUAGCUGUACAGCUGUCAUGUAUGAGACAUGGUGCUAUACUUGCAUGCAAUAGUUCAGUAUAUAAUGUAAAUACAGCACCUGUUUGUUUUUUUUCUUUCAUUCUUUAAUUUAAUUGUAUAUUUUGUCUUAGACUUGCAGUUUGAGGGAAGAUUCCUGUUCAUCACUGUUGUGCUGUGUGUUUUCAGGUUUCUCAGAGCAGUACACUUGGGAAAAAGCCAGAGCUUCACCUAAACAGCACCUUCGUACCUCUCA